AUGCCCAGAAAAAAACAGCAGAAUCCACAACCGGUCAAAUUGGAUUCUGAUGAUGCUUUAGCCUUAGAAGUUCCUGGAAAUCUUCGCUUGGAUACAGACAUCCUCCUGGGACCUGAACUUGACUUUGAGGAUUCUGAUCAUGACAAAAUUUUAGAUCUGGCAAAGUUUGCAGACGUAGCGGCUGAGAUCGGCUUUUCUGUGUAUCCUUUGGGUGACCAAGAGAACUCUGUCUACAGUCAACUUACAAUGGAUAGCGACGCAGACCACUCACACAGCAUGAGGGGAGACCAGAGCAGAGGCGUCCAGACUGAUCACUCAUUUCCUCCUUAUCUGUGCUGUCGCGGCUGUGGUCAGCUCUGGGACGACCCUUUGGAACCUGGGACAGACCACAUUGGGUCUUUCUGCCUUCGAUGCUGCAAAGCUAAAACAACAGACUUCUGUUUACCAUUUGGAGGUGGGAGUCUCAUCCAUUCCCAAGCCGAAGGAGAGGAUGAAGUUGACGGGCUGGCUGACAAAGCACAAAUGUGUGAGGAUAAAUCCUCCAAUCUGCACUCCUGUCACCUCUGUGGUUUCUCAUCUCGCUACGCGAACCAUGUCAAGCGCCACAUGAAGACGCACAACGGUGAGAAGCCUUAUAACUGCCCACUGUGUACGUAUGCCUCUGCGCAGCUGGUCAACCUACAAAGGCAUCUGCGCAUCCACACAGGAGAGAAGCCCUAUAAAUGUGACAGCUGCAGCUUUGCCUGUAGUUCCCUUGGCAACCUGAAGCGCCACCAGCGCAUGCACAUGGUGUCCGGGCUGGGACAGAACAUGCUGUCGCACCCUCCUAUGCCCCGCGGUCAAAUGGAGGAGAGGAGAAAUGCAACAGGACAGGGGGUGAAUGAAGAGCUGUCUUCAGCCAAAGUUUCACAGGUGACAAGGGUGACAUCUGGUGUGACUUCUGCAGUAGACAAUGACUAUAUGUCUGCUUUUGAAGGCCUGAAGGGAGCAUCACCACCUCCUACAGCCAUAAAUUCUGCCCCAGGGCCCCAUGCAGCUGUUCUGCAGGAUAAUUGCUCAGAGAGCAGAGUUACAGACACAGGGAGGAGUCUGCCCUCCACCCUCUUCCCCUUCACCUGCCGACUCUGUGGUGUGAUUUUGGAGGAUGAGGAUGGCUCUUCUGCUCAGAUAUGCCCCAAAUGCACCCUGGAUAUGCUGACAAAAGACUCUGGGUCUCCCAACAGUCCAGGAGAGCGCAGUGACAAAGUGUACACAUGCUCAGCUUGUCCUUUUCUCACUCACUACCCCAACCAUUUGGCGCGCCACAUGAAGACUCACAGUGGAGAGAAGCCCUACAAGUGUCCUCAGUGCGACUACGCCUCAGCGCACUUCGACAACUUAAAACGACACCACCGCGUGCACACGGGUGAGAAGCCAUUCAAGUGCCAUUUGUGCAACUACGCCUGCGGGAACCUGGCGAACCUGAAGCGGCACCAGCGAGUCCACUCAGGCGCCAAGCCUUUCCAGUGCACUGUGUGCAACUACACCUGUAACCAGAGCAUGAACCUAAAGAGACACAUGCUGCGGCACACUGGGGAGAAGCCCUACAAGUGUGAAGAGUGCGGCUACACCACAGGCCACUGGGACAACUACAAACGCCACCAGAAGAAGCACGGCCUGGCCACUGAAGGCUGGGUCAAAGGCCCCACCAGUGAUCAUGAGGCCAGGGAGGGGACACAGGACGAUGUGGGAGCUCACAGGAAGAAUCUCGCGGCCAAUACGCAGUAUGUGUCCAGGGAGGGCCAGACUCUACACUCCUGCUACAAAAUGGAGAUUGCAUAA